AUGACCAUAAUCAAAAAUUUCGACUCGAGCCCUCUGCCUUCUGUUCCCUUCUCCAACGCCUCGAGACUGAUCCUCGCGUAUCCCUUGAACAUUUCAAUGUCGAGUACGACCCCGAGACGCGUCUCGCUCGCUCGCUUUAAGAUGACCCAGGGCCGUCUCCACGCCCUCGUCACCCAGAAAUUUGGCAAGCUCGUCUCGGACGCCGCCAAAACCACUUUCCCUCAGAUUGAACAACUUUUCGAGUGGCCAUCCGACUUCUUUCCCCCAACCUCCUCGUCAAACUCCCUCGACGGUGGCUCAGAGUCACCAGGCACCCUCCUCGACCCCCUAAGCUACCUUCCGUGUGUGGUCACCGAGGUCGCCUACUCGAGCCCAACGACGUUGGAGGAGCUCGAGGCCAAAUGCGCCCGAUACAUCUCGUACACUCAUGGCAAAGUUCGCGCCGUAGUUGCAGUCAAGAUCCCCUACGACCGCCAAAACCCGCGGAACAUCGCCGGCACCAGACUCGAUGAUUGUCUUGUUGCCGUCUGGGUCUGGGACGUGAAGAACGAAAGGGUCAAGUGCGCGAUGAGCUGGGCGAGCGUCACUCGACCAAACGCCAACAUCACCCUGCGCCCGUGGCACGUUUCCGAUCCCGUCAGCAACAAGCGACAGGACAAGAGACGUGGUAGAAGGGGAGGCAAUAGAGCCGCGAGGGCCAGCUGUAUUCGUGUUCCCUUUACCGAAAUCAGAGAAAUUCUCCGCACAUCCAUUGAGUUUGCCUCCUGA